AUGCAACUGUGCUGUGAAUCCAUAAAUGGCUCUUGCAUAAGGAGCAACUGGUCAAACAGUAUCCGUGUUUCCAUGUACAUCUCCAUGGUUUGCAUUAUUCUGGCCACAGUGGUUGGAAAUUUGACGGUUAUCAUCUCGAUAUCACAUUUCAAGCAGCUCCAUACGCCUACCAAUUUCCUGAUACUUUCUAUGGCUACAGUAGACUGUCUGCUGGGACUCCUCAUCAUGCCUUGCAGCAUGGUGCGCUCUGUUGAGCACUGCUGGUAUUUUGGGGAGCUCUUCUGCAAGAUCCACACAAGCACCGACAUUAUGCUGAGCACAGCUUCCAUCUUCCAUCUUUCUUUCAUAUCCAUUGACCGUUACUAUGCUGUGUGUGACCCUCUAAGGUACAAAUCAAAGAUAAAUACUUUUGUUAUCCUGGUCAUGAUAGUCAUAAGUUGGAUGGUCCCUGCUGCUUUUGCUUUUGGGAUGAUCUUUCUAGACCUAAACUUGCGAGGGGCAGAAAAGAUUUAUAAUUGUGUCCAUUGUGCAGGAGGAUGCUUUCCCAUUUUUAGUGAAACAUCAGGUGUUGUGGCCUCCAUUGUGUCUUUUUACAUCCCUGGAUUUGUUAUGCUGUACAUCUAUAGGAAAAUAUACUCUAUAGCCAAGAGGCAGGCAAGAUCCAUUGAUGCAAUUAGCCAAAAAAAGAUGCAAUUUGAAAUGAAGCACCACAUUUCAUUCUGCAGAGAAAGGAAAGCUGCCAAGACAUUAGGCAUAAUAAUGGGAGUGUUUCUCAUUUGCUGGAGUCCAUUCUUCUUCUUUACAACAACCAAUCCAUUUAUGAAUUAUGUGAUACCUCCUGUUCUCAUUGAUGCUCUAGUUUGGUUUGGUUAUUUAAAUUCUACAUUUAACCCAAUUGUUUAUGCAUUUUUUUACAUGUGGUUUCGGAGGGCGUUAAAAAUGAUUCUGUUUGGAAAAGUUUUUCAACAGGACUCUUCCAAGACUCAUCUGUUUUUAGAGUAA